GGCCGGAUCCGCCAGCUAUAUAAAUCCGGGCGGAAGUCAAGAGACGAACCGGAUAUCAACUUUGGCCAUGAUCUGUUCCAGUGCUGCAACUAAUGAUCCAGCCUCAACAGCAGCAGUAGAGUCGACUCAACUGUGCAAACACUCUUCCGGAUAUCCUGCAGCAGAGCAGCUCGGCAUCGCUCCUCAGACUAGUACUAGGAAUUCCGGCAUGUCUUACGGAAGCAGCAACGGAAAUUCAAACGGGUCUCUGAUCCAGCAUCACCACCACCAUCACGACUACGGCUAUCAUCACCAUCACCAUCAUCUGGUGGCGGGCAGCCUACGCUCGCUCACCGUUUCAUCCGCACCGGAUUCUUCCUUCGUCGGCCAGCAGGAUCACCAUCAUCCGCAGCAUCUCGACUCGUGUUCCAUCCACUCGUCGGCGGUGGCGGCCGUGGCGGCGGCGGCCGCAGCCGCCGCCGCCCUCACCACCUACCACCACCACCAACAUCAACAUCCGCACUCGAAUCUUCAUCCGGCGUCCACUACAACCGAUUCCGCCUCAGCCCACCAACCGGAACACAAUCAACUGAUUGCGCCAAUGACGCAGCAAUCGAUUCCUCCAAAAAGUAAACCGACACCGGCCAGAAACAAUUCGAUGAGGAAUUGCCGGUCGUCAUCGACGUCUUCGUCGGCCAAGAAAAGGAAACGGGUGGCGACGGUGGCGCAACGUCGAGCGGCCAACAUUCGGGAGCGACGUCGCAUGUUCAACUUGAACGAAGCGUUUGACAAAUUGAGACGCAAAGUGCCAACCUUCGCCUACGAGAAGCGGCUGUCGAGAAUCGAAACCCUCCGACUGGCCAUCACUUACAUUUCCUUCAUGGACCAAGUCAUCCGCAACGAAUCCAAAGCUCCGUCGGCCGGACCAGCCGCCACCGCAGCUGCGUCAUCCAGCCAACUUCCGGCCACUUCCGGUACGGAUAACAGCUACAGAGAAACGACAUCCUGGUGAUGUUGUCUACUUCCAUCCAAAAGGGAAGGAACUGCAGAGCACCCAGUACUACAUCCCCCCCCCCUCAAAAAAAAAACGUCUUCCACGUUGGCCACUAUCCGCAUAAUGGAAUUAUGCGCAACACCACAUGAAGUCUUCCACGCGCGCAACGUGUCAUCCAUAUUACUGUUUCAGUUUUGUUUGUUUUCUAUUUCAGCUGUUUAACGUGUCUAAAUUUUAAUGAAUCUUUGCAAAAUGAAUGGCCGGAAGUAGCUUAAGCAUUGGCGCGAGAGAAUCCGUUUGGCCAUCAGGAAAUCAGCCGAACCAAGUGUAAUGCGAUAUUAUUUAUUCAAGUCAAUUGUGUGCUGUUAUUAUAGCGUACGUGGGGUCGGUUCGGCUGCAAGCACCAAGAGAAUAGGGGGGACGUGUUCAAACAAGCACGCCAAAGAGCUCGGGAGGCAAGAAGAGAGAAAGAGACACACAACUCAUGUACACAACAGACUGGAAUGAUUCUUUCGUUCUGCCAGAGUCAAAAAUAUCGAUCGCACUCGGGAGUUUUUUCCACUCCGACAAACAAAUUGCUAAAGCUCUUGGGGGGAAUAAAAACGCCGCCAUUUCCAACAGUCUCACUAAAAAUUAAAAUUAAAAUCUAAACUAGCUAACAAAUUAACGCAUUUCGAUUAAACAUGGCGAUUGUAUGUGAAUUUAAAAUAAUAGCGCCGAGAAAACAAUUGAACUAGGUGGAGGGACUUCCAAGAUAAUCUCAGCUACACUCCAUUGUCAAACCUUCAUUUAGAUGAACAAUGUGACCAUCAUGGGGCCACCCACCCACAUACACAAAGUUGUCAAUGAAAAGUCAACUUUUUUCAACGUUCACCAGGGGAAAUCUGUCAAAGUGGGAGACGAGGAUUGCAAUGUGGUUAGGCCGUGUGUUGGCCACAGGAGGGAGAUAAAAGGACACCUAAUGCACAAAAGAGAGCUGCUGGGAAUGAGUCUUUACACCCAUGCAUAAAAAGCGAGCGUCACGCGGCUCGUUUCAACAUCACGUACCAACUCGUAAGACACGAACAAACGUGAUAAUGACGACACCGACAACCAACGACAAUAUAUACGGGUGUUUAGAAUCUGAGGGUUUUGAGUUGUUAACUG